AUGGGAGGUUCAGAAUCUGAUCCUGGAAAAGAUACGAAUAAGCUGACAAAUAGAACAGUCUUGGUUCAGAAUAAAGUGUUCGACUAUCUUCUAUUGUUGGGCGUCGAAAGCCAAUGGGCUCCUAUUCCUGUACGCUGUGUGGCAUUGCGGUGCACUGGUGAUUUGAUUUUCGGACACCCCAAAAAUCUGGAUGCUCUUGCAAGCAAAGUUCUUGGUGAGGAGCCACAAGUAGAACCUGCUCUGAAUUCUAUUCUUCGAAUCAUUUUGCGGACAUCCAGUGUGCAAGAGUUUAUUGAAGCUGACCAUGUUUUUAAGAGCUUUUGCGAGAGAAAUUCUGAUGGUCAGACAAUGUUAGCAUCCACAUUAAUACCUCAACCAUAUUCAAUGACUCAUGCUCCCAGUGAAGAGGAUGUGAAAAUGUCAUUUGGAAGCAUGCUGUUACAUGGUCUUACUUCGGGUGAAAGUGAUGGUGACCUUGAGACUUGUUGCAGGGCUGCUAGUGUGCUUUCUCAUAUACUCAGGGACAAUGUCCAGUGCAAGGAAAGGGUACUACACAUUGAGCUUGAGUCAGCCACACCAUCCUUAGGACCUCCUGAACCUCUAAUGCACCGCAUGGUGAAAUACUUGGCCCUUGCUUCCAAUGUGAAAAAUAAAGAUGGAAAGUCAAGUACAAGAGAGAACUCGUAUGUUCAGCCAAUUAUUUUGAAAUUGCUAGUGACCUGGCUAGCCGACUGCCCCAAUGCAAUCCAGUGCUUCCUAGCUUCACGUCCCCAUCUAACGUAUUUGCUUGAGUUGGUGUCAAAUCCAUCUGCAACUGUGUGCAUAAGGGGGUUGGCAGCCGUUCUCUUGGGGGAGUGUGUUAUUUACAACAAGUCUGGUGAGAGUGGAAAGGAUGCUUUUACAGUAGUUGAUGCCAUAAGUCAGAAGAUUGGACUCACAUCAUACUUUCUUAAGUUUGAUGAAAUGAUGAAAAGCUUCCUUUUCUCCUCUGUUAAGCCAACAAAGCUUCAUAAACCAUUGACAAGAUCUGCUGCUGCUAGUAUGGCAGAGAUUGAAGAUGUUGAUGAGCUGGAUGCAUCUGACCAGAAGAAUGAUGAUCAUCCUAUUCUUUCAUCAGUAUUUGAUUCUCACUUUGUCAACUUUGUCAAGAUGUUGGAAGGAAAUAUCAGAGAAACAAUUGUAGAUGUAUACAGUCGUCCAAAGAGUGAGGUGGCUGUUGUACCUGCAGAAUUGGAGCAGAAGAGUGGAGAAAGUGAGAAAGACUACAUAGAACGGCUGAAAUCAUUUGUGCAGAAGCAGUGCUCUGAGAUACAGAAUCUUCUUGGUCGAAAUGCAACUUUGGCUGAGAACUUGGCCAAGACUGGUGGGAGUGUCUCUUCUCAACCUGAGCAAAGGACAAGUGGGGGCUUAGACAGAGUCCAGGCAGAGACACUCCGGAGAGAUAUUCAGGAAGCAUCUCAACGAAUAGAUAUGCUUAAGGCAGAGAAAGCCAAAAUAGAAUCAGAGGCGUCCAUGUACCAGAAUCUAGCUGGAAAGAUGGAAUCUGAUCUGAAGAGCCUAUCUGAUGCCUAUAACAGUCUCGAACAGGCCAAUUUCCACCUGGAGAAGGAAGUGAAAGCCUUGAAGAGGGGAGGAGCCUCGACACCGCCAGAUGUUGAGGCAAUAAAAGCAGAAGCCAGGGAAGAAGCCCUGAAGGAGAGUGAAGCAGAGCUGAACGAUUUGCUAGUGUGCCUUGGGCAAGAACAGAGCAGGGUUGAAAAGCUGAGCGCAAGGUUAUUGGAGCUAGGGGAGGAUGUGGAUAAACUACUUGAAGGUGUUGGAGAUGACAUGGGGCUGCCUGAAGACAGCGAGAAGGAGGAAGACUAA